AUGGAGCUCAGCGUGAAGUCAACAGAAGAGGAGAUGGUACAGUAUUCAGAUGGAGAGAACGAACUGCAAGAUAAAAUGGGGCAGCUCAGCGACGAGCUUGAGGGCAAGAUGUCCAGAGUUCAUACUGCGAAGGGGGAUGUCAAGACUGCUGAGGCAACUCUGGCGACUAAGGAAGCUGCUCUGCAAAAAUCAACGGGCGUGUUAGAGGACAGGAAAGGGCGUCUGGGAGAUCUGAAAAGCUUCGUGGCUAAUAUAGAGGACAAGCUCAAGGUGGUCAAUUCAGAAAGUGCUCAUAUUGGAAGUAUGCUGCAAGAUGCUAGGGCAAAGCAGAAGAUGAUUCGUGAUAACAUCGAGUCGAAAACUGAGACCUCACAGAAAGCACGUCAAAUGCUUGACGAACGCGAAAAGGCUUUGGCUGUCACCACGAAUAGUCUCAAGGCUCACGAAGCCGCAUUAAAACAGCUCUAUAUGGGGAACUUCGAUCAGGAAAAGGAAGUACAGGACGCUUCAGAAUUACAUCAACAUGCAGUAGUAGAGGAAAAGGAACUCAGAGAGAAACGCAGCGAGUUGGACGGUUACACUUCCCAAUACCAGUCGAAAAUUGAGAGCAGCAAACGGCAACUGGACGAGCUGGACAGGCAGGUGGACUCUGCCGUGUUGAAGAACACAACACUAGGGCGGAUUGCGACAGAGAUAAAGUCACGCGACUUGAAGCAAGCUGAGGAGAGGCUUACUUUAGCGCAGCAACAGUUAGAGGCAGCAAAACAAGAAUACAACGCGAAAACCAGUGACAUUCUACGACUCACGCAAGCUCGGAAAAUUCUCGAUGCCCAACGACAGACUAUGACCAACUCCUCGUCAUCAGAGGCGGACAGGCUGAUGGAAGAGGCCAGAAGGGAGGUUGCUCAUGCUAAGAGUCUACUUACGCCUGAUGUUGCAAAGUCAACUGAAAGCGAACAAGAUGAUGAAACCAGUCCAUCGUUCAUGCAGGCGAACCGCCUUAGACACACCAGAGCUCGAAAUACCCCGGAUCAAUCUGAACUGAGAAAGUUCAUGAAAAAUCCGUCUAAAGAAGUCGCCGCUAGAAUGUCAGAAGAGCUCAUUGAGAAGCUAGACACUGAGGUCGACCUGGCCCUUUACAGGGCGAAUAGCACAGUGGGAAUGAUCGAGAAUCGAGUCAAGGAUCUCGUUAACGAAGUCAACUACGCUCAAAAGGAUCGCGAUGCUCUCAAGACUAAGUUCAGUAAAGCUGUAGAUCAGUCGAAGACUGCGGCUAGGAUUCUUGCUGAACUCCAGAAGAGAAAUGAUAUCACCAAAAAGGCAGAGAAAAAUGAUACUUCUACUUAUGACCACUUGACUGAGCAACAAGCUGUAUUCUCGGAAAAACUGGAGAGAGCUCAUGAGACGACCACCGAUAGUCGAAGUAAACUGCAGGAUGUGUCAGAGCGUUACGAGCAUGCCAAGGUGCGACAGCAACAACUUCAAAAGAGGAGGGCGGCUGUAGAGUCAGCGGUGAAAGCUCUAAAGUCUUCCUUUGAGGUGAUAAACAAGGACCAGAAGAAGGACGAGGCGUUGCUCCGAUCUGUGACACUGAACGUAACGAACCUCAAGAGCGACUACGACAAAGUGAAGUCGGAGAAAAGCAAACUGGAAGAGCAGUUUGUACCGUUGAAGAGGCAAAUGGGCAUCGCGGCAGAAGCUUUCAGACAGCAGCGCAAAAGUCAGGAGGAGAAAUCUAAUGAAGUGCGCGAUGCAGCGUCACGGCUAAACGUGGAAAUAGCUGCUUUAAGUAAAGCUGAACAGUCUCAGAAGAAAUCAACGGCAGAACUGGAUCAAGUAAAGUCUGGAUUGUCGAGGAAACACGAACUGCUGGAAGCCAGCCGAAAACGCAAGGCUUCUCUGGAGAAUCGACUUGAGAAGAUACAGGGGCAACUGAGUGAGUUGGUGAAGAAGUCGAGGUCCAAGCAGUGUCCAGAAAUGGACAUCCUAUAA